AUGCUGAUACCAUUGUUAUUGUCAAUAAUAAGUUUUAUAACAUCAUUGUUUGGAUUAAUUUUAUUGGCUAUUGGAUAUGGCUUGAAUCAUUCAACAAUUACUUUCUUAAUUCUUGGUCUUAUCGGUUUGAUCACUUCAAUGAUUAUAUGGACAAUACGACCUAAAUUAUUAAUGACAUGGCCAAAAUGUUUGAAACGAUUGUUUGGUCGAGAACGACGAUUCAGCAAAUGCAAUAAUUCAGAAAUAUUAGAUCGUGAUAAAGCUGAAAUGAUUAUGAGAAAUAUUCGCGGUAUUCCAUAUCUUAUUCAAGCUAUCCAAUAUAGUAUGGAAACAACAUAUUAUAAAACCAUGAUGGCACAGAAAAAUAAUGGUAGCAUACCAACAACUUCAGUUAUACAUACUGCACCCAAAUGUAUUAGUGUUAUCGAUUCGGAUCAUGAAGACUGCUGUUCCGGCUCAGAAACGUUGAUAUCAAAAGAGCAAUCGGCAAUUCAGGUAGUUGAAACAAUCGAAGAAUGGAUCCCAACAGGAUUGUCAUCCUGGAAUAAUACCCAGCUAAGGCUUUCGAUAAAAAGUAAUCCUGAUAGUGGAAUCAAUGUAUUUCCAUAUAGUGAAGUAAUGCCAAGGCCAAGUGCUGAUACAAUGAUAGAACUGAUUGAAACACCAGCAGAAAUUACACCGGAAACUGAGGAAAAAACCAUUUUCCUGGAAAGGCUAGCUUUGAAAAAUUUUGAAUGGUACUAUCAUUUUGCAACAGUCAUUUCGGAAUUAAGGAAGAAUUUUCUUUGUUUGAAUUAA